AUGAAGAAACAAAUCUCAUCGGUUUUGAUUGAGUGUAUUGCCUCCCAGCAACACUCUUUCCGAAUGGUGUUUCGGCCUCAUGGCUCCUUGUUUAUAUUACCAUCUAGCACCAUCAUUACGACAUCCAGCAGCAGCCAUCUUUUUCUUCACAAUUAUGAAUUUCCGAAGAAUAUUAUUAAAUCGUAUCAUUUAAACUUGUUACAAAGAAAUUCAGCCAACAAGGAAUUGGAUAAAUACGAAAGAAUGACAACAAAGGCUAGAGAUUUAUACCACGACAAAGAGUAUGAAAAGGCCAUUAAUAUUUGUACUUCAGUUCUUGAGGCAAAACCAGACUAUCAUAAUGCUUUCGGAAUUCGAGGACUUUGCAAUUAUUAUAUUGAAAAAUACGAGUCAGCCAUCUCGGAUUUGAAUAGGUAUUUAGAAGUAAGCUCUAUGGACUUUGAUACUACCCUGUACAGAGCAUAUUGCAAUUUCAAAUUAUAUCGUUUUGAUGAAAUGUUGAAAGACUUGAACGCUAUUGUGUUUGUUACUUCUCCAAGUGAACACCCUACUCGAUUCAUUGCUUCACGAUUAUUAAGAUCCAAUUACUAUUUAAUAUGCAGGGAUGCGGAUUUGGCUUUUGCAGAUCUUCAUGCAAUUGAAAACCAUCUCGGUCAACCAAACUUUAUUUUGAGUUUGGACCAACAAGCUCAAUUCUAUGAAGGCAUAUCACUCUGUUAUGCUGCACGAGGUCUGCAUGAAAAGGCAGUGUUUUAUUUGACAGAGUUGAUCGAAAAGGUACACAAGAACGAAGGCCAAAACAGAGCCCUUAACCUUAAAAGAGCAUUUUCUUUGGUUGAAUUGAAACAAUUCGAGAGAGCUCUUUCAGAUAUUGAUGCCUACAUUUCAGAAAAAGGUAUUAACGAAAUGCCGGCUAUUCUCAUCCUCAGAGCGAAAGCUCUUCAUGGACUUGGCAAGUUCAAAGAAGCGCUGACAGACCUUGAGAAACUAAACAAAUCUCAAGUUUUGAAAAUGCAUCCUUAUCUCAUCGAUGAAAAAUGGUUAGAAGAAUCAAAGAAAAUACGAGCAAAAUGUGAAGCAGAAUUAUUGAAGAAAUAG